UCGUGGCCAGAGACUGGGAACCGCGUCCCCUUAGGUACCUGUUGGAGCCAAGUUGUCUCUACUCCCACUGCGGGCGACUUACCCUGGCCUGGUUCUUUUCGAAGGCCGUAAACUCUCCUCAGAUGCGGUUUCCUGUGCUGACCUGGGAGAGUCAGCCAUCAGCCGCGCAGCCGCGGGCACCGCAGCCCGGCGGCCCUGGAACCUUGCAGGUGUGAGCAUCUAUCAGUUUUGUUCCAUGAAACGUUCCCGGUGCUUUCUGAAGAAUCUCUUUCCCACAUGCAGGUCUCCCACUGCUCAGCCAGUUCUGCUCACCUGUGAAUGAGAACUAAGAGCCCUGGGUGAUGAAGACAGAGGAGACUAUAGCCAAGGAUCCAGUGGAGCUUCCCUCAGAUUGAACCAGAAAUCCUUCUGUUACUCAGAAAAUAGUCCUGACACUGUGACACCAGAGGGUAUGCCUUUCCUGACUGAUUGGAAUUGUAUCACAUGGGAUUUAAAUCUGGCUUUUAAUUUUGGAAACCUUGAUGUGAAAUUUCAAUAAGACUUCCAGUUUAAAUUCCUGAGAUAGAAACUUGGAGAAGAACAAUAAGAAGAAUGAAUGCUUCCCUGGUAAAUGCUCCCAAGGGUCUGUUAAGAUUCAAGGAUGUGGCAGUGGACUUCUCACAGGAGGAAUGGGAAUGUCUUGACUGUGCUCAGAGGGCAUUGUACAUGGAUGUGAUGCUGGAGAAUUACAACAAUCUAUUUUUUGUGGAGAAUCUUUGCAUUUUUCCUAAAUAUGAGAAUGGCUUGGAUCAAGACACACAGCAUAUUGUUCACAAGCAUGUAACUAUCCAAAAGAAGUCUUAUAAAUAUUAUGAGCAUGGCAAAAUCAUCCAGGAAUACACCCAAAGUGUACUUUACCAAGAUAACUUCAGGGAUACACAUGUUGAGUCAUCAAACGUAAACAGACAUGAAACUGGAAACACCAGAGAACCUUGCAAAUAUAAAAAUUGUGUAAACUGUUUAAAUUUGUGUUCUACCAUUGGUCUAAAUCAAGGACUCCACAUAGGAAAGAAAGAACACAAUGGGACAGUGCUUAAUAAGGUUUUUGACUCUAAACAAAUACUUGGGCUGAAACAAACCAAUAGUGGAAAGAAACCUUACAGAUGUAGUGAAUGUUCCAGAUGCUUCACCAAGAAAUGUAAGCUUAGACAACAUCAGACAAUUCAUACUGGAGAGAAACCUUACAAAUGUAGUGAAUGUGACAAAUGCUUUUUUUACAAAUACAGUCUUAGUAUUCAUCAGAGAUUUCAUACUAGUGAGAAACUUUACAAAUGUAGUGAAUGUGACAAAUGCUUUACCUUUAAAAGUGUUCUUAGAAUUCAUCAGAGAAUUCAUACGGGAGAGAAACCAUACAAAUGUAGUAAAUGUGAAAAAUCUUUUACCCGGAAAAGCAACCUUAGAAUUCAUCAGAGAAUUCAUACAGGAGAGAAACCUUAUAAAUGUAGUGAAUGUGACAAAUGCUUUACCUUCAAAAAUACUCAUCGAAUUCAUCAGAGAAUUCAUACAGGAGAGAAACCGUACAAAUGUAGUGAAUGUGAAAAAUCUUUUACCCGGAAAAGCCAUCUUAGAAUUCAUCAGAGAAUUCAUACAGGAGAGAAACCCUAUAAAUGUAGUGAAUGUGACAAAUGCUUUACCUACGAACACACUCUUAGUAAUCAUCAGAGAAUUCAUACAGGACAGAAGCCUUACAAAUGUAGUGAAUGUGACAAAUGCUUUACCCGAAAAUGUAAUCUUAUUAUUCAUCAAAAAAUUCAUACAGGAGAAAAACCAUAUAAAUGUAGUGAGUGUGACAAAUGCUUUACCCACAAAGGCGGUCUUAGUAUUCAUCAGAUAACUCAUACAGGAGAGAAGCCUUACAAAUGUAGUGAAUGCAACAAAUGCUUCACUCACAAAGGUGAUCUUAGACGUCAUCAGAGAAUUCAUUCUGGAGAGAAACCUUAUAAAUGUAGUGAAUGUGACAAAUGCUUUACCCGCAAAUUCAGUCUUAGAAGUCAUCAGAGAAUUCAUACAUGAGAGCAGCCUUACAAAUGUAGUGAAUGCGACAAAUGCUUUACCUUUAAAAAUUGAUCUUAGAAUUCAUCAGAGAAUUCAUAUGGGAGAGAAACCAUACAAAUGUAGUGAAUGUGAAAAAUCUUUUACCCAGAAAAGCAAUCUUAGAAUUCAUCAGAGAAUUCAUACAGGAGAGAAACCUUUUAAGUGUAGUGAAUGUGACAAAUGUGUUAAUCACAAAGGUGAUUAGCAAUCAUCAGAGAAUUCAUAUAGGAGAUAAGCCUUAUAAAUGCAGUGAAUGUGGCAAAUGUGUUGUUAACAAAUACAGUCUUAGUAUUCAUUAUGGAAUUCAUACAGAAGAGAAACCUUAUACACGUAAUGAAUGUGAUGAAUUCUUUAGACAUAAAUGUAGUCUUAGCACUCAUCUGAAAAUGUACACAUUAGAGAAUUUUUACAAAUGAAGCAAAUGAGACAAACCCUUCACCAAGAAAGAUCAUCUUAGAAGUCAUCAAAGAAUACAUACAGGAGAGUGACCUUUCAAUGUUCAUGUUCAAAUCCUUUAUUCUUAGCUUAUCUCACAGUACAUCAGAGAAUUUGUACAGGAGAGAAACCUCACAAAUGUAACACGAGGAAAGAACUUUACCUGAAAAAUAGUUUCUUCCGGAAAACAUGUGGCAUAUAUUUUACCCAAGCGGAAUUCUUUACAACACUUGACGCUCCACACUAGAGUUAAUUAUGAAUAUUAGGAACUUGUGAAAGCAUUUUAGUGUUUAAAUCUUAGAAACUAUGAAGCAUGUAUGCUGGAAAAUCUCUGAAAAUGUGACAAUGGAGAAAAAUUUUCAAAUUGUUCACUAGCAAAUAUUCCAUAAUAAAGACAAAGUAGAGAAGCCAGAAGAAUCUGUAACACUUCUAUGGAGACUGAAACAAUCCAUUUGAGAGGAAAUCUGAAUAUGGCGGAUAAUAUGACUCUCAAAAGAGUGAUACCAGUAAGCAUUCUGUAUGUUUAAUUUAAAUGAAGAAACUCAGACAAAUCAUAUUUGUUAAAAGAGGAUUUGAUAAACUGAGCCAUCAAAAUGCCAGUAUUCCUACAGAUAGAGAUUGCCCUCAGUGUCAAGUAUUCAUAAUCUGUAUCAUAUGCUGGUUUCAAGUUUCAGGAUAGAAACUGUCUUUGAGUCCCUUGGGCUCUGAUCACCAACUCCUUCCCCACAGUCGUGUAUAUAUAACUGCAAUAAAUUUCAUUGAUUGAA